UUAACACUGUUUGUGCUGUGGAACGAAAGAAAGGGCAUUCUCUUGCAUUUGAACACAGCGACGGCACCUUCACAUUAGAUCCAAACCACACCAAACGAUGUUGCGGAGACUCUUCUCUCCUUCUCACCUCAGAUCCCUACCCACCGCACUCUCUCCUUCUCUUCCCCGAUUCGCCGCUCCUCUCCUCACGCGCCACGUCACUGCCCAAUCAGGUUCUUCUAUCAGAAAGAGAGUUGAGGAUGUAGUGCCAAUUGCUACUGGCCACGAGCGUGAGGAGAUUCAGGCUGAGCUUGAGGGAAGGGAUAUUCUUGAAAUAAACCAUCCCAUUGGUCCUUUCGGCACAAAGGAAGCACCUGCUGUUGUUAAAUCUUACUUUGACAGAAGGAUAGUUGGAUGCCCAGGAUGUGAAGGUGAGGAUGAGCAUGAUGUUGUCUGGUUUUGGUUGGAGAAAGGCAAGCAGAUUGAAUGUCCAGUGUGCUCACAGUAUUUUGUGCUGGAUGUGGUCGGACCCGGCGGUGAUCCUUAUGGACAUGGCGAUCACGAUCACCAUUGAUUGCAUCCGCCAAUUUUCAUUCAGAAUAAAAUUUGCAGAGAUAGAGACAUUUUCACCUUUCAAAUCACGAGACCUUGUUUUGUUCGGUUCUGAUUGGUCUCUAUACUUGCGGUUUUGCAACUUUAGAGAUAGAAAGUUUCUGUGAUUAUUUGAACAGAUCUGCUCAUUUGAUUGAGCUAUCAAAUCCUGUUAGAAUUUUUUUAUUGCUCUGCCAAAUAAUAUAUAGCAACCCUGAUUCUUUAACAAUGCUUGAAAAACCUAUGCAUAUACUUGAGCACCCAA